AUGAAUGCAAUUAUUAAAAAAACAGUCAAAAGCAAUUCAACCUUAUGUCAUCUUAUUGAUAGAGAUAAUCUUUUUCCUUCAAUAACUGAGAUAUUAGAAAAGUAUUUAACAAUAAAUAUAGUUUCUAUUAUUAAAGAAGAAAUGUCACAAUGUUUAUAUUUUCAAGCAACUAUAAUUUCUUUUUCUGAAGUAGAUUUUAUUCAAGAUCAAAUAAUUAAAUUACAAUUAAUUAUUGAUGAAAUUCAUAAAGAGGAUAUUAAAGAUAUCUGGAAAAUUUGUGAUAUCCGACCUGAAAAGAGACUUUUUUCAUUACAUUGUUUUCAUAUUUCAAUGAUCCCAGAAAGAUGGUAUCAAGAUUCUUAUCUAGGAAUGGACUUAUCUCAAGAAAAUAAUUUAGUAUUCGCAUAUGAAAAAGAAACUACUGAUAAUACUGAUUCAGAUAAUAUUCUUCUAUUACGCAAAGAAAUCACUAUUCCAAAAUCUACUUUACUUGCUUUGGAAUUUAAUGACAAUGAAAUGGAAGUUCUAUUAAAAGAAUAUAUUAAUAAGAGAAAAAGACAAAGAGGAUUAAAUUUGAUUUGGCCAAAUCGGAGCCCCGCACUUUGGUGUUCUGGACCUACAAAGUGUUCUGGACCUACAAAAUUAAGAACGAACGUUAAGGUUGGCCUCCAACAAAACGGUUCAAAAGUAGUGUUGAAAUUGAAAAAAGUGAUCAUAAUGCAAAUGGUGGAUCUUCGUAUAUGUGGGGCUGGUCAUAAUGCAGUAUAUCAUAAAAAUAACAAACUUAAGGAACGUGUAAGCAAUUAA